AUGAGAAAAGAAAUGAACCAGGGCUUUCUAGAUGCUGAUGCAGAUAAUGUUGGUGCCGAGAUAGUUAUUGAGGAGGUAGAGAAGGACUUGUCUGAUCAAAAUGACGUAGAGGUAAAUGAGCCUGCAACAAAACGUCCAAAGGUAGACCUGAACUUUUUGUGGCGCAAAACCGAUGCCAAUACUGAAGAACCUAUAUCUAUGCCUGCUUCCGAUUAUCCAUAUGGUAAGAUAAAACGCAUCUAUGAUGUCAAUCCCGAUCCUAUGGAUGUUUUCCAAAAUGUGUGGUAUGGUAGAAUUAAAGUCAAACUUCAACUUACAGAUGACCUCAAGAAUUAA